AUGGAACUGUACGGUGAGCGCGUUCUUGGAGACGAGAGCUACGCGUCCAUCGUCCGUGAACAGAGCGAGUGGUUCGGCACCUUUUGGGGUCGCAAGGCCUGUCGGAAGGCUGGCAAACGUUAUGAGUCAGUGAAGAUCAACGGUCUGGAGCACAUCUGGCUGCGGUCACAGACACCACGAGAGCCCAACACGAAGAGACUCGUAGUGCUGUACGCACACGGAGGCGGCUUCGCUAUCAUGAGCCCAAGACUUUAUAUCCACUUCAGCAACGCUCUGUGCAGCCUGAUUGAGAAGGAACUGGCUCGUCAAGUCGGCGUGGAGGCAGCCAGCAAAGUGCACGUAGAGAUCUUUCUCGCAAACUACCGAAAGGUGCCCAAGUUCAGCUAUCCGACUCAACCUCGAGACAUCGCUAAGGUGUACGAACACUUGCUGUACCAUGAAAACCUGGACCCGUCUCAAGUUGUUCUUGCCGGUGACAGUGCCGGCGCCGGGCUGAUCAUGUCGGCGAUGCUGAGAGAGCGUCGCACCAAGCCCUACUUCCUUCCGCUGUGUGCUGCUCUGCUGUGUCCGUACGUCGACCUCACGGGCGAUGAACUUCCAUCCUCAAACUGCAUUUUGACCCCUGAAUGCUGCAACGCAGUGCUGAGAGCUUACCACCCGUCGAUUGAGGACCCCAGCAAGUGGGGUGAUGCCUCGUCCGUUCACUACGAUCUCCGCAACCUGCCGCCGGUGUUCGUGCAAACCGGAGAUCUCGACAGCAUCCACCAGCACGCUGUCCGCUUAGUGGCCAAGGCAAGGCGGACGGUGUCUCUAACUGGGAGUACGACCUACACAAGGGCAUGCCCCACGUGUUCCCCAUUUUCCCGGCGUGGUUCCUGCCGCACGCCGACUUGGCUAUUCAGAAAAUGGCAGCAUUCAUCGUUCGACAACUGCGUCCGACGUUGA